UUCACCAUCACUCUUAUCACUUUACUCGCACACAAAAAAGAGACCCAGGGAGAAAAGGAUCUGAACAAACUCCGGUUGCCUCCGCUAGCGGUGAUGGAUGGUGGUUUCUAGCCGAUGGGUUUUACGAACAAGAUGGGUAAUGGAUACUACCCGGUGGCUUCAUCGGCUAAGGCUACGGGCUACGGCUACGCCGCCAGAGAUCUCUACAACUACAACAUUGAAGAGAAAAUUAUUGGUGGUGAGUCAUUUGCUUUUUAGUGAAGGCUCCACGUUUAUACUCUGGUCGUCUCUCCGUUUCGUCUACGACCUCCGGUGAGUUCCAUUUUGGAUCAGUUAGGGUUUGUUAAGCGUUCUUUCAAAUCAGUACAAAGAUCCAGUUAGGAUUCUUCAGUUUGCGUUUUUUUCUCUGUAAUGUGUUAAAUGUUAGUAUAGUUUUCGAUUUUGGUUUGCUAUCGUACCUCCAUUUGGCCAUGUGUUAAUUUGUUGUGAUGAUUAUAUGUUUGUUUAUGUUACACCGUGUUUGAUCUGAGUAAGAAAUUGAAUUUGGAGAGUGGGUUUUAAGGUUUUAGGGUUUAGUUGUUGAAUCAUGUGUAUCGAUAGUUUGAAUCUUUUGUGCAAUAAAUAAAUAGUUACAGUUGGUUUAAUUUGCUUUAAGUUUGUACUUGUACUCGAUAAUGUGACUUUGCGAUUGAAGGAGGUACAAGAUGAUUUUGGAGAUCUGAGGUGUGGGACCGUAGCAAGGUUUGUUCCCCUGUGAUGGAUGCCAAUCUGAACAAAGCAUGGUAGUGAGGAGAAGCCUUUAACAUCCAGUAACAAAAAACAGAAACUGGACAUGUUGAUUGCACUCUCUGGUCUUUUUUUAUUGUGAUUAAGACCUUAAUAAUUUUAUGAUCCGAAUUAGGGGUUUUGUCUGGUUCGAUCGGGUUGUGUUGGCUGGACCGGCCAAACAGAAUGGAUCGGAUUGGUGGUUUCAAUUGGUUUGAACAAGUCAUUCAUUUAUUCGAAACGGUUAGUUUGUAUUGACUAUAAAGUUUCUUUUUUAAAAAAGAAAACGAUGGUUCAUGAAUAUUAUUCUUUUGCAUAACCGCAAAUUUUGUAAAUGUUUUUUUUAAUAUUAAAGGUAAAUAGCCAGUUUCAAAUUUGAUGAAGUCUUCAUUUGGCCUAAUCUAAGAUUACAACAUUGAUUCAGAUUUUAAUUCUAUUCCAUUAUUUUUACUUUCUUGUACAUGAUAUCAUUUAAAAAAGAGGGAAAUAAAAUAUAUAAAAAAUUUGGUCAACUGAUAACAUGGGGUAGGCUAGAGAAGUAACUAUUUAGAAAAACUUUUCGAAUUACUUUGUUCUUGUAGAAGGUUUUCAUAUUAUAAAAAAUAUAAAAACAUAAUUUGAUAAAAGAAACUCUUUUAAGACUUUGUUUUUCUCACUGAGUAUGCAUGCUCUUGCUAACCAACUUAUAAAGAUAGAUCUACCAAAAAGGCUCUUCAUGGAGGCAAAUAUAUAUACUCCCUCGUGUGCAGGUAUGUAGUUAUUUCAACUCAUUUAGAGGUGGCGAUUUCAACCUAUUAACUAAUAAAUAGUCGAUUUUUGUUUUUAAUCUUCAUUGUUAUGGUUCGUGUCUAUGUUCUUGAAUCUUGAUAAGUGGUCCUUAUUUUCUAUGACUUAUAGGUUUCCUUGGGCCAUGGUAAGUUGUAAUUAAAGACUUGAGGCUGCUAUAAAUUCUAAGAUGCACCAUUUGAAUGCAGAAAGUAGCUGCAGCAGCUGGUGUUGAAGAAAGCUCUUGGUAUCUGCAAGUUGAGAUGCUUGAAACUGAGCUUAGAGAAUCUACCUGCACUUCAACUUUGACAUCCAUGGUGAGGGUUGAUCAUAUGGCUAUUGCUUUGUCGAGGGCUUACAAAUCACCAAUAGUCGACACUAUACAAUCCCUUCCACAGCAUCAACAGAUUGUACUAUGUUCUGUUGUGAAGCUGUUUCGUAAAGGAAAGAAGGAUACAACAAUAGGAGAGUUUUCUAUUGAUAUCUCCAAAUCAACAUUGAUACCACCAGUUGGUAUAAUGGAACUUUCAUGCAUGUGUAGAGUGCUAGGUGACCAGGGAAUUCUAAAACUCGGUCAAUCCCGAGAUAAUAAGUUAAGGACAGUGACGUUGCAAGUAGAUGAAGCCGACAUCAGUUUUGCAUUGCAGGGCAUUCGUUUCUUUAGGAACUCUCUUCAGUAAGUUCCAACAUCAACACUUGCAAUGUUUGUCAAGUUAACUGUAAAGAUUAUGCAAUCAUGCGCGCGCUUGACCAUAAAGGUUUCAAACUGACCUUGUCAAUGGUGCAUGUAAUACAACAGAGCAAAACUCGUGAUAUUAGUAUUGUUAAAUGUGAGGGUUCCUCCACCAAAAACACCCAACGCCAAGCUUAACCAACAAAAGCGCCCUCAAGAUGAAUCACCAGAUACCAGUAAUACUUCAAAGAAGGGACGCGGGCAAUGAUAGGGACGUCAGACACCUUUUGUACAACUGCCAGGUAGGAAAAAACGCAGCUGCAGUCCGCAGUUCAGCAAGCCACAUUGUCAACGAAAAUAUAUUUUGUGCAACUUAUGUAACUAACACACUUAGUGGUAGUAACCUAAGUAGCAACCAUAACAAAUGUACAAACUCUUGGUUCCAGCUGAUGUAACUAACCUAAUGGAUGUAAAUGGCAACUAGUUUAACAUAAAUAAAAAUCUAGCCCCCGCCGCAUCGCGGCGGGUUACUUUUCUA